AUGUCGCAGUGGACUUGGGAUCAAUCUGCUCAGUGGGUUCAAAAAUCCAUCAACGACCCAGCAAUGGACUGUAACCCGCGCGUGCUCGAGUCCCUCGUCCGUCUGGAGGAAAAGUAUAUGCCCAUCUCGAAUUACUUCUCCCUCGUCCAAAAGAACGUAAUCGCCCCCUGGAUGCGCCAAAAAGUCACGAUGUGGAUGUUAGAGGUUUGCGAGGAGACGAGGACGGCAGAGACGGUUUUCAGCUUGGCUGUCAAUAUGAUGGAUAGAUUUUUAUCCGUCUGCACAAUCCGCCGCUCGGAGCUUCAACUACUCGGCGCUGCGACCCUCUUCCUUUCCGCCAAAUUGCGCGAGUCAUUUUCGCCGUUGACGGAAGUCGAGGUGAUCGUGGCGUACACCGACAGAUCGAUCACCGCCCAACAGCUUCUGGACAUGGAGCUGCUCAUCCUACUGAAGCUAAAGUGGGACUUGUACGGUCCCGUGGCGAAAGAUUUCAUCAAAGAGCUCGUUCAAUUGCUUCCCGACGACAUUUCCAAAUCCGACGACGUCGAUUUGGUCGCCCGUCACGCUUCUACUUAUGCUGAUGUCGUUGCCAUCGAUGAAAAAUUCAUCAUGGUUCCGCCAUCAAUGAUCGCCGCCUGUUGUGUCACCGCCGCCGUCUGCGGAAACGAAAAAUUCCCAAAGAACACGCCUGAGGGCAUUUUGGCCCGGAUGCAAGCUGGAAUCGGCGUUGAAAACGAUUUCCUGAAAAGCUGCUACUCGACGGUCGCCGAAAGCCUCAAAUCCGCCUUUUUCUCCGACUCUGGUUCCGAUUCUGGCGUCAACGAUUCCUCAAUGUCGUCUGAAAAUUCUAGCGCCACGCUCGAGCGAGUCACUCCUGACGAAGUUGACGAAAAUGUCUGA